AAGCUGGUCAGAGUAUCGAGAAAGGAGGCCAAAUGCUCAUCCCUGAAUCUAGCAGUGAGUGUUUCUGCUGCUGUAAGAACAAGAAGCCACCCUGGGUUCCUGCAGCCAAGACCACAUCCUUCACAGUGCCACAGCACAUGGAUUUCAGAACUACCUGUGAGGAGACGAAGACAGGUGUUUGCUUGCUACAAGAUGGUAAUCAAGAACCUUUUAAAGUCCGGUUACACCUUGCCAGAGACCUGUUGAUGCUGCAGGAGCAGGAUGUGCUGUGUGUGUCUGGUGAGCCUUUGUAUUCUGGUGUAAGAUUGGUAAAGAUCUUUUCCCAAACUGUUGGUUGCCAUUUUGGGCAAACUAUCUGUGGAGGUGCAGAACAUAACAUCCCGGUUGUCAUUUCCAAAAUAUCUAAGGAGCAAAGAGCAGAGCUGUCGGGACUGCUUUUCAUUGGAGAUGCAAUUCUACAGAUAAAUGGGAUUAAUGUGAGGAAAUGCAGACAUGAGGAGGUGGUUCAGGUUCUUCGGAAUGCUGGGGAGGAAGUGACCCUGACAGUGUCAUUUUUAAAAAGAGCACCAGCUUUCCUCAAACUCCCACUUAAUGAAGACUGUGCAUGUGCUCCAAGUGACCAAAGCAGUGGUACCUCCUCUCCUCUUUGUGACAGUGGCUUACACCUCAACUACCAUCCAAAUAACACAGACACACUCUCCUGCUCUUCGUGGCCCACAUCUCCAGGCCUGAGGUGGGAGAAGCGGUGGUGUGACCUCAGGCUCAUUCCCCUACUUCAUGCCCGCUUCUCCCAGUAUGUGCCCGGGACUGACCUGAGUCGGCAGAAUGCUUUCCAAGUUGUUGCUGUGGAUGGAGUCUGCAGUGGAAUUCUUCAGUGCCUCUCUGCUGAAGACUGUAUGGAUUGGCUCCAAGCGAUAGCAGCUAACAUUUCAAACCUCACAAAGCACAAUAUCAAAAAAAUCAACAGAAAUUUCCCUGUAAACCAGCAGAUAGUCUACAUGGGUUGGUGUGAAGCACGGGAGCAGGAAUCCCUCCAUGAUCGUGUAUAUACACCUGUGUUUCUUGCCCUGAGGGGCUCCUGUCUCUACAGAUUCCUGUCACCCCCAGUGACCACCUGGGACUGGACUCGAGCAGAGAAAACCUUCUCAGUGUGUGAGAUCAUGUGCAAGGUUCUCAAGGACAGUGACCUGCUGGAUCGGCGGAAACAUUGCUUCACUAUGCAGUCUGAGUGUGGGGAGGACCUCUACUUCUCUGUGGAGUUAGAGAGUGACCUUGCCCAAUGGGAACGAGCCUUCCAAACAGCCACCUUUCUUGAAGUGGAGCGCAUACAGUGCAAGACCUAUGCAUGUGUGUUGGAGAGUCACUUGAUGGGCCUCACUAUUGACUUCAGCACAGGUUUCAUCUGCUUUGAUGCAGCAACAAAGGCUGUACUUUGGAGGUAUAAAUUUUCUCAGCUUAAAGGCUCAUCAGAUGACGGCAAAAGCAAAAUCAAAUUUUUGUUUCAGAAUCCAGAUACGAAACAGAUUGAAGCAAAGGAGUUGGAAUUUUCAAACUUAUUUGCUGUUCUUCACUGUAUUCAUUCAUUUUUUGCUGCCAAAGUAGCUUGUUUGGACCCUUUGUUUUUAGGUAAUCAGGCUGCCACUUCUGCUGCUGCCAGCUCUGCUUCUACAAGCAAGGCAAAGCACAUUGCUUGACAUGCUGAGUUCUGGCUGACAGCCUUCAGGGUUACUCACUCCCUACUUCCACCCUGAAGAGACCAUGCUGUCACCAAGUCAACCGUGGAGUCAGACUGCAAUUCCAGCAGCAGAAAGGUCAGGAGGCAUCUCUAAAUGACCCUGGGAUGGCAGAGCAACCUAUUGUUUUCUCCACUGAUCUCUAUCAGGAUACAGCUGUCAUCACGUUUGGUGACAAAAGAUUGAUUGGUGUAAAGUAUGUAAAUAAUAUAAAAAUUGUAAGCUACCUAUAAAUAAAAAUACCAGUUAAAUGGCUAUUUCUCUAUUUUAGAUGAUUUUGUAUGACAAAUAGAUAUUGGGCCAGAUCAUGAAUCAAUGCCCUAUCAUUGUAUUAUGAGUGUAAAGAAGUUAAAAAAAUAAUAAAGCAAGGCAAGUAGCAUGCAAAUCAAACAAAGAACAAAACAAAAUGAAAACAAAUGACCUCAAAGAGAGAAGCACCUUAACUUACUCAUGUGAGUUACUUCCUAUAAUCUCAUCCCAUGUUUCAAUAUGAGCACUCUAGCUGUGUUUAUCUUACUGUAAAAUAUUCUGCAGAAUUAAUAAAGAAAAUUACAUUGGCCUGUGAAAACACCCUAGUAAAUUAAAUAUUUCUUCUUUGGUGAAUGUUACUAACAUGUUUUAUAUUAGAAAAUGAUAUUAACCAUGAAUGUCAAAAACACUCUUCAUUUAAAUACAUUUCCUCUCUUUUGCCUAAUGAGAUUAAUGAACAAACUAAACUUUAAUAAAUUUAAAUGUCCCAAAACUCUUGCAGAAAAAUAUCAAUAAAUUCUCUGUAAGAAACAUGUCUUUGUUAUACUUUUCUAUUUAGUCAUGCACUAAAGAGUUCCUGAAAGUUAGCCACAGACAUUAUGAGAGCUGGUGAUAUUUUCAUUUGAGUUUAUUUUUGUGUAAAUUAAGUGAGAUUUGAAAACCAGCAUCAACAUUCAUGUUAUAAAAUGCAGUGGAAAUUAAUUGAAUAUGUCAAAUGAUGUAGGCUGCUGCAUUCAGCAUUAGGAAUGUAAAAAACAUAGAAAUGUGCAUUGUGGGGUGGGCACUCAAAGCCAGGAACUGGAUACUGUUAAUCAUAUAAAACAAGAAGCAUACUCUGUCCUUUACUAAGGCUCUGUGCUUGCUUUUAAACAACUAGCUACUUCUUGAAAAGUGAACAAAUAAAGCUCACUUUUAUUGGUAUGCAUUUCAAUUGAACAAUGUUUGAUUCCCCUUAAAAUGACCAUAUUUCUAAUAAGUAUGUCAAUAUCCCUUCUUUAAAUAGAAGACAGACACACGUUAGACUCAAGGGGAAAGCUAAAUUAUUUUUUAAAAGAACACUUAUCCAUAAGUGUAAAGUCAUCAAGUAGUAAACUAUUUUCAUAAUAAUUAAAAAUAUUAAUUCAUUUUGCAGUGGAAUAAGUGAAAUCUCGCAAUGAGAUCUGAAAAUGUCAUUUUGGAUCUAAGAUGCCUUGUUAACAUAACAUGAAAUUUUGAUAACAAAGGUUUAUAUAUUCUACUUUUACAAGAAAUUUCAAUGUAUACCCACAAUAAUCAUUUUGGGAUUACUGCUUACUAGAGCAACCAAAUACAAGAACUAUGAUAAUUUUGUAUUUCACUGAAUUCUGAGUUCUGCCUUUCUAAUAUAGAGGAGAAAGAUUAAAGAGAGACACCAGUAUCAUCUGCUCUGAAAGCUCUGCUACUACACUUGUUGCUGCCUCAUGGUGGGCAACCACUGGAAUUUAAAACCAUACAGAGGUCUUCUCUAAUCAUUAAAAAUAGCUCUAUGGAGCAGAAGAGAUGGCUUAGUGGAUAAAAAUUUUUACUUCUCUUUCAAGGACCUGGAUUUGAUUGUAACACCCUCAAAGUGACUCACAAUCAUCUGAAACUACAAAUUUUAGGGAAUUUAAUGCCUGCUUCAGAACUCAGUAGCACCAGACACACACGUGGUGCAUAUACAUACAUGCAGGUGAAACAUCACCUAAAAAAAAAUAUCUAAAAGUAGAUUUUACAAAGCUCCAUUUAAACAUUCAAACCUGAGUUAAGUCUUCUUGCUGUUGUUGUUAUUAUCAACUAUUCUAUCAGUGCACAUGUUGGGAAAACAGCUGAAGUGUGAUAUUAGAUCUUGAGUAUAGAGCUUAAAUCCUGUGCAUUUACAGACACAUAAAUAUAUGUACAGAUACAAGUAUAAAACGUUAAGCUUAAUUGUAUUGAAAGAAAAUGUUUCACAUAUGUGACACAUAGCUAUAUAUGUAUUCAGCUAUAAGGUGUUGGUUGAAUUAAAACCUACUAGAACAACCUUGGUUUUGUUACAUUUUAUAAUCUUGGUUAAAAUAUCACCAUACUGAAAUCGCUAUUUAACAUGAUUAGUGGAAUAGGCACCAAUUAGGAAAGUACUGUUCUGGUUCUCAUACAUUUAACAGUUAGUGUUUAAAGCUUUCUUUAUAGUGUGAUUAACCACUGUCAGUUGCUAUGACUUUAGCUACUUAAAUGAAAAAAUAUAGAAAUUCAUGAAAACACAGAUUUCAACUUCUCAGUAAGUUAGGUUCAGAUGUAGAUUUUUUUUUAAUAAUCCCAAGUUUGAGUAUUAAGCAUACAUGAGAAUGCUUAAUGAUGUGUUAACCCUUCCAGUGCCUUUUUGGAUGUGCAUGCACAUACAUGUGUGUGUGUGCAUGUGUAGAUCAUUAAAGGGCUUAUUACAGUGUAUACACUUCAAGCUUACAGUAAAUGCAGUUAUGUGAGUUAGAGAGAGGAGUUUCAAACAGCUAAGAUAAGAAUGUCUUUCCUGUGAUUAAAAAUAAAAAAUCACCUGAAAUAUAGUAUAUCAAAGUAGGAGGACUUGAAUUUGUUAUAGUUUAACUUCAAAAUUACCUUAGUAAUUUAAACAUAACAAAUAACCAAGGCUUUCCUAUUUAAUUUAAUUUUAUCGAGCUGAAUGUGCUAGUAAUCUCACAUUUUAGUCAUGGGCUGAGUUGUCGUUUUAAAGCAUUUGCUCAUAAAACUGUCAUUCAGCAAGAAGAAAAGAAAAUGAUGUCAAGUCAAUAUUGGCAAGCAGAGAAGACACUUCCAUAUAGGCAGUGUGGUUGUCCUCUGGACAUAUUAGGUAAUGAAUCCACAUGUCCCUCAUUUACAGUGACAAAGAUUGUUUAUAGUACAGUUCAUGCUGAAUGCUGGACUUAAGUGAAGCUUGACUUCUCUCUGAUGAAACCUAAACCUGAGAACACUCACUUCAUUUUAUUGUUUCAAACCAGCAGUCUGAAGAAGCUUUCUCAGUGCAAGCACACACUUGUGCUUAACUUUGUAAGGUAAGUGUCUGUGAUCCAACUUUAAAGUUUUGUUUCUGUUGGUAUUGAUGUGCUUAUAAGCUAAAGGAAUAUCUUCAUCCAUAUCUUUAAACUUGCUGUUUAUGUUUUGUUCUGACUCCUUAAUAUUUUAAAUCAUGUCACUUUACAUUAUA